GAAAAGGCUUCUACUAGAGUAUGUAAUGUCACAUGAAGGCCUACUUUCUAUAUCUAAAACUUACUUGAGCUCUUGUGGAAGCAAAGAUAGAGGAACUUAGGUGGCAAGAGACAUACAAAUAAGAGACUUAUUGAUUUGAGAUGUUUUGCUGUGGAAAAAGAAUGUGAUGUGCUGGUUGACAAAGAAAGGAACCGUUAAUUCCUCAAGGGUUGUUAGGUGCCUUACAAAUUGGUGUAUCAUCAUCUCUUUAUAGCUGGACUCUCUGCCUAAGCACUCCUCUUCCCCUUUUGUUGUCUCUAAACUUCGUUGCAGCCAACGUCGUGUUCCUGAAUCAUGAUUCAUGCAUCUGUCUGACUCUCUGGUAAGUGUUGCUGCACUCUUGAAUUGUAGAGUAUUGGUGAAGGCGAAAUUAAGAAGAUGAAACGACGAUGAAGGAAACCAUUUUGAUGAGGGUAUUGUUGUGCAAGAUCCAGUGUCCAUUGAUGUGCUUCUGCAAGCCCUCUGCUGCUCAUCUUUACACUUCAAAGCCAUUGAAACUGGAAAGUGCUCCACGCGCCGUUGCUUCAACAGUUUAUGCUGUUUCUGGCGUCAAAGAAGAAGGGCGUGUUGUUGAUGCGAAGCAUGAAGCUGAGACUGCGAGAAAAAGCUGCAUACGGAAGCUCUGCCCUCGCCCCGACUCCACCAGACAGGUUGGGAAGAAGAAGAAGAAGAAAGUGCAGUGGAUGGACCACUUGGGGGAGGAACUUGCAGAGAUCAGGGAAUUUGAAUCAAGUGACUCAGGAGAUACCGAUAACGAAGAAGAAAGCAGCCGUUGUCUGUGUGUCAUUCUCUGAGGCUGCUGCUCUCCGUCUCCGGCUCACGAGAGAGAUAGAUGUGUUGAUUCAAUCUGUGUUUUUGGCCAACCAAGAAUCUAUCAACACUGUGUAAGUAAUCAUCCAUCAUCAAUUCUUUGUAACAAAUUAAGAUGAAAUCCCACAUCAAUGGCUACUGUAAUAUAACCAAACUCAACCAAUUUGAAUCAUUGUUGUUACAUUCAAUUUAAUGCUUGUGUGCAAGAAACAGAAAGUGCUAUACACCUUGAAGGAAACAAAAA